UUUCUCAAUAUAUAUUCUUUUUUAGUUCAGAUCUGAUAAGACUAUAACUUAUCAGGUGUGUCUCUAAUGUAGUUAAUCUAUUUUUUUAAGUGGCAAUACAUUUUGGAAGUUUUAAUUGCAUGUUUUCAUCUUUUUCCCUACUUUUUGUGGAAAAUUAAGUUCUUGCUACUUUCAAUCAGAUUUUGCAUAUACGUGGAAUCAGGGGAUAAAAACAUUAAUUUCAUUCUUUGGAGUUCCUUUAUCUAAGUAAUUCUGUAAAAUUGAAUGACUAGAACUUGUUCUGAUGCAGUUUGUCUCACUUUGGUUUGACUACUUGAGAUUUAUGAAAAGAAUAUAUCCAUCUGUAUGUGAAUUUUCACCUGAUGGUAUUGCGAAGGCAAGAAAUCUCUUCGAGCGUGCUAUAACUGCUGCUGGUUUGCAUGUUGAAGGCAGUAAAAUAUGGGAAGCAUACAAGGAAUUUGAGCAAGUCAUUCUCCAUACCAUAGAUGAGAUCAACAAUAAGGCAUCACUAAGUAUAUUUCACCGUCAGUUGUCUGUUCCCCUUGCUAACUUAAGGUCAAUUCUUCUUGCCUACAAGUUGGAGGUGGCUGGGACUGCUCUAGAUAUUGAAUCAGGUGAUUUAGAUGGGAUUCCUUCUACUAUCUACUUGAAGUUUGAACAGUCUUCUGGAGAUCCAGCCCGUGUUCCAUUUCUCUAUGAACGUGCUAUUACCGAGUUUCCUGUAUCAAGUGAUCUCUGGCUUGGCUAUACUCGCUAUUUGGAUAAAACCUUGAAGCUAGGAAAUAUUGUACGAGAUGUUCAUUCCAGGGCUAGGAAAAAUUGUCCUUAGGUUGGUGAUCUUUGGGUUCGAUCUUUGCUUGCUUUGGAACGUUGCCGUGCAUCUGAGAAAGAGAUAUCUAUUGAAAUCUUUGAGAAGUCCCUUCUAUGCACUUUUUCGACCAUUGAGGAGUACCUAAACUUAUUCCUCACUCGAGUGGAUGGUUUGAGACAAAGAAUCCUUUUGCCUAGAGUAGAAGAGGAUGCAUUGAAUUUUUCAUCGAUAAGGGAAACGUUUCAGGUUCGCAUAUUUUCUUCCUUUCAACGGGCAUCUGAUUACUUAUCUCAACAAAUGAAGAAUACAGAUGGUUUGUUGCAUUUGUACGCUUAGGCUCAUUUGGAGCUAAAUUUGGGAAAAGAUCAAGUUGGAGCUUGGGGCUUUUGGGAGAGCCUGGUUUGGCGCAGCGGGUCAACGUUGGAAGCCUGGCAAGGUUAUAUAGCUAUGGAAAUUGAAUUGGGACAUUUAAAUGAAGCUAGGUCCAUCUACAAGAGAUGCUACAGUAAAAAGUUUAGUGGGACAGGUUCAGAGGACAUAUGCCACAACUGGUUGCGUUUUGAGAGGGAAUACGGGACACUUGAAGAUUUUGACCACACAGCACAGAAGGUUACACCUCGCUUGGAAGAGCUGCAUUUAUUUAGGUUACAGCAGGAAGCCAAAUCUGUUCCUGAACUAAUAGAUCAGAAAGAGAAGUCACAUAAGAAAAGUGUUAAUGGAAAGAGAAAAACAGAUUCGAACAUGACUAACGAACAGUCUUCAGCUAAGCGAUCUGAAAAAUUCUUUAGCGAUGUUGGUGGGGUUGAAUUUGUUCGAAUUUUGCAGGACAAGUUCACCGGAAAGUCAAGGGGCCUGGCAUAUGUGGAUUUUGCCGAUGAUACACACCUUACUACAGCUGUAGGAAAGAACAAUGAAAUGUUUGUUGGGAAGAAGAUAAGCACUGCAAGAUUAAAUCCGAAGCAAAAGAGAAAAGAUUCUACUGGUCAUGGGGCCUCUAGAGAACAUGAUAGUCUAAGUGGAAUUAGGUUUUAUCUUUCGCAAAGUAGUAAUCAGACUUUCAAGGAGUCUAGAACGCCACAUUGUGCUUCUAAUAAACAUAGUGAUAACAUUCAGCUGAAGGGGAGGAACACAUUUGCAAUGCCAAGGAAUGUCAGACCACUUGAUGAGCCCUCGACAAAUCCAAAAUCCAAGGAAGUGGAAGAUGAGAAGUUGAAGUCAAAUAAUGAGUUCAGAGAAAUGUUCCUUAAAGCUACGGUGAAAAAUGCACGGAAUUUAGUUGCUGAGAUGCAACUUAACGAUGCUUUUCUUAAUUCUUGGACAUAUAGCAUUUUCAUUGAUGGGCUUUGCAAGUACGGAUGUGUUUUUGAAGCAUUGGAAAUGUUUAUUGCUCUACUAAAUAAUAAGAUUUCAGUUAUCAUUGAAGGUUUGAAUUCCCUCAUUGAUGGAUUAUGUAAAACAGAGAGAUUAGGAACUGAAUUUUCCAUUGAUAAGGGAAACCUUUCAGGUUCGCAUAGGUAUACUGUUCAUUUUUCCUUGUUUAUUAAAAUUGUUUUACUCGAUGUCAAGAACUUGAAGCUUCUUAAGACAUUUGUCGAUGCUCUAUUCAUGGGCGCAUCAGAUUACUUAUCUCAACAGAUGAAGAAUACAGAUGGUUUGCUGCAUUUGUAUGCUUAUUGGGCUCGUUUGGAGCUAAAUUUAGCUGUAGCUCUAGGUGCUUGGGAGGGCCUGCAGGCUGGAUUGGUUGAGAAGGCUAGACAACUAUUGUUGGAACAUAAGAUUCAGCGAGGUGUAGUUCUUGACAUUUAUACUUACAACAUUUUAAUAAACGGUAGAAUUGGUGAUACAAGGGAGUUGUUUGAGUCUAUAACUAGAAAAGGGUAUAGGCCUAAUGUUGUUUACUACACUACUUUAAUCAACUGGUAUUGCAAGAAUAAAGAAGUUAAUGAAGCUCUUAGUCUUCAUCGAGAGAUGAUUUUAGAAGGAAUUAGGCCUAAUGUGAUUACAUAUAACACCUUGUUAACUGGCUUUUUUCGUAUAGCUAUGACAUAUAGCAUUUUCGUUGAUGGGCUUUGCAAGAACGGAUGUGUUUUGGAAGCAUUGGAAAUGUUUAAUGCUCUAGUAAAUAAUAAGAUUGCAGUUAGCAUUGAAGGUUUGAAUUCCCUCAUUGAUGGAUUAUGUAAAACAGAGAGAUUAGGAACUAAAUUUUCCAUUGAUAAGGGAAACCUUUCAGUUUCUCCUUUUCAGCGCACAUCAGAUUACUUAUCUUAUCAGAUGAAGAAUACAUCUGGUUUGCUGCAUUUGUAUGAUUAUUGGGCUCGUUUGGAGCUAAAUUUGGCUGCAGCUCUGGCUAUUUGA